AUGACGCCUACAUCCGCAUCGCUUGCACUCGUGCUGGCGCUGACGAAUUAUGCUCUUGGUCAAAAUACAAGUGCAUACAACAUCCUCGAUUAUGUGGAUCCAUUAAUCGGCACUGUCAAUGGCGGACAUGUCUUUGCGGGAGCCACUCUUCCUUUCGGUAUGGCAAAGCCUGUGGCCGAUGUGACCGGCGAAAACCAGGGUGGCUACGCUUCGGAUGACAGCCUUAUCAAUGGGUUCUCGCACAUGCAUGACAGUGGUACGGGGGGCAGUCCAUCAUUGGGAGUGUUCCCCCUCUUUCCGCAUGCCGGCUGUCCUGGGGAUGAAGUGAAUAACUGCGAAUUCCCCGCUUCAACCCGCGCACUCGAACGUAUCAAUGGAACUGCAUUCGCCGCACCCGGCUAUUUCACCGUCACUCUCAACACCAGUGUCAAAGCAGAAACUACGGCAACCAACCAUACUGCUCUCUGGCGUUUCACUUUUCCCGAGAUUCCCGUUGCACCAAAUGGCGGCAACGCUAGCAUGUCUCUGCGCCCUCUGAUCUUGGCUGAUCUCAAGGAUCUGCCAAACGGAAGAUCGUACGGUCAAAUAUCCGUGGAUCCUGAUACAGGCCGAAUUACCGGAAAAGGGACUUUUGGACCGUCAUUCGGCAUAGGAUCGUAUAAUAUCUCGUUCUGUGCCGACUUCCAGGGCGCCACUAUCCGCGAUACCGGUGUUUUCAUGAACAAUCGUGCCGGUUCUGAGCCAAAGUCCGUUGAAGUCGUUUCAGAUAAUGUCAACACUGGCAGUCAGACCCUACCAGCUGGAUCUUGGGUUCAGUUUGAGGCGCCGGAAAAUGACCGGCAAAUUCUGGCCCGUGUUGGACUGAGCUUCAUUAGCGCCGAGAGGGCUUGUCAGCACGCAGAAUCAGAGAUCCCCGGUUAUGAUUUCGAAGCCGUUCGCACUGCUGCCGAGGAUGCAUGGCAGAAAAAGCUGAGCGUUGUGUCCGUUGAUCCGACAGGCGUUAACAAGUCCUUGCAGCGGACUUUCUGGUCAGGACUUUACCGAACGAUGAUUUCUCCACAGGAUUACACGGGAGAAAAUUAUCUCUGGGAAUCGGAUGAGCCGUACUACGACUCCUUCUAUUGCGGUUGGGACUCGUUCCGAAGCAUUCAUCCACUCUUGACCAUCCUGGACCCAUAUUCGCAGACUCAAAUGAUCCGGACUCUGAUUGAUAUCUACCGCCACGAGGGCUGGUUACCGGAUUGCCGCAUGAGUCUUUGCAAGGGCUUUACGCAAGGUGGAUCUAACGCGGAUGUCAUCCUGGUCGACUCAUAUCUGAAAAAUAUUACUCAGGAUGUAGACUGGGAAACAGGAUAUGAGGCACUGAUCAAAGAUGCAGAAGUGGAGCCUCUUAAUUGGGCCGUGGAAGGCCGAGGGGGUCUGACCAGCUGGAAGACUCUAGGAUACAUCCCCACGGACGACUUCGACCCUUAUGGCGUUGGACCUUUUACAAGAUCAAUUUCCCGGACUGUUGAGUACGCGUAUAAUGACUAUGUCAUAGCUUUGAUGGCCAAAAAGCUUGGAAAAACCAGUGAUUACGAAAAGUACUUGGAACGCAGUAAGAACUGGAGGAAUAUGUAUAAGGACGACGAGGUUUCAUUUUUUAAUACAACGCCUGGUGGUCCGAAGGAGGAUAGCGGUUUCACAGGUUUUCUUCAAGUCAAGUACCUGAAUGGCACCUGGGGCUACCAAGAUCCGAUUCUUUGCUCCAGCCUACUCAAUUUUGUAGGGUGCUACCUGAAUCCUGACGGUCACGAGACAUACGAAGGCUCUAUAUGGUUAUAUACGUUCUACGUUCCACAGGACAUGGCCACACUCGUUACUACCUUGGGCGGCCCCGAAACUUUCACUCGCCGCGUGGAAUUCCUUCACUAUACGUACAAUCUCCUAUACAUAGGAGAUGAGCAAGCGUGA